CUGGCGGUUAAGGAUGUUAUUUUUGUGAACUUAUUUUGGAUUUCCAUUAUCAUCUGUGAAUAUACCAUCAGUUUGUGGCCAAAGUCGUUUCUCACCUUUCCUGAUUCGUCAUAUUGCCCUUGUCCUGAUAUUUUUAUAUGUAUCUCUAGGAGAGUGCGUUGGCAGAGCCCGCCUCCUCCAGACCUGAUAUAGGAGAGUGUGUUGACAGAGUCCACCUCAUCCAGACCAGGAGUGUGCCAUGGCAGAGUCGACCUCAUCCAGAGCAGAGCACACGAAUAUAGGGGCAGUGGAGGAGGAGAGAAACAAUCAAGAAAAUCAGAAAGAUGCAAGACCCGCCAGGCUAUUUAACUGUAGCCAAUACUGGCAAACCCUGUUGAAAAGACUGCAUCUGGAUCCUCACUAUCCAAGAAGCAGGAAAGUUGGCAGAGAACAAGAGCAAAGAAAUUUCCAAGAAGAGAUCGCAUAUAUUAGAGUUGCAACAGCAGCAAAUAUCUUCAGUGCCAGACGAAAUAUGAAGACAAAAAAUGAGGACAGAAACAUCAUGUUAAACAAUGUAGAAGAGGGAAAAAGAUACAUCCGAUAUGCCAUAAGGACAAAGCUGUUUAGCUCAAGAGAUAUUCUGGGGGCAAUAGAAAAAGAGAGAAAAACAUUAAAGGACCAAAAAGUAACAUCUGGUGUCCCGAGUGCUGUUUGGCGAGGAGAGCAGCUGAAGGAAGCUGUUUCAGAGACGUCUAAGGACCAGGAGGAUGUAACAUCUGGUGUCCCGGAUGCUCUGUGGAAAGGAGAGCAGCUGGAGGGAGCUACUUCGGAGACGUCCAAGGACCAGGAGGAUGUAACAUCUGGUGUCCCGGGUGCUCUGUGGGAAGGAGAGCAGCUGGAGGGAGCUACUUCGGAGACGUCCAAGGACCAGGAGGAUGUAACAUCUGGUAUCCCGAGUGCUCAGUGGGAAGGAGAGCAGGUGGAGGGAGCUACUUUGGAGACGUCCAAGGACCAGGAGGAUGUAACAUCUAGUACCACACUAACAUCUGGUGUCCUGAGUGCUCUUUGGCGAGGACGGCAGCUGAGGGGAGCUACUUCGGAGACAUCCAAGGACCAGGAGGAUGGUAAAGCAUCCAAUUGAGACCCUCUUGAUGAAAACAGAUGUGAGCCGUGGGUGCUGAUCACAAGGAUCUGCGGCAUCAAAGAGAUCAUAUGGAAAAAGAGGAGACGGCAGAAAGAGCUGCAGAGAAGAAGCUCCCAGGACCAGAGAUGGAAAUGGAGAGGAGAAGUGUAAUCUCUAUUGGGACUGUUAUCUCUGAUGAGCCUCAACACAGGAGCCACAGCAACAAGAAAGUCGAGUAACUUUGUGGCACCAGCACAACACCUGGCUGAUCAAAAGAGACAAUGGAGUUAUACCUGGAUCACUGGGGGUGCAUAUGGUAGGGCGGGGACAACAAACAUCUGAUUUUCAUGUAUAUGGCCAUGUGUCACAGUUAACGGGACGUUAUAGUACUGAUACACCCAUGACCCAUCUAGGCAUUGGGAUUCACAAACAAUGGACAGGGCUUAGGGUUGAGGACACUCGGGAGUCCUGGUUUUAACCGCGCUCCAUUAACGAAGCUUAGCAUCCCCUCUGCUUCUGUACUGUGAGUGAGGUUUCCCUCACCUCUUGCCUGAGCGGUCCCCCGCAUAAUAAGAAAAGAGGUUAGAUGGUUUUAGGUAUGCAUGGCAAAAGGUACUGUAUAGCAGGAAAUAACCUAGGGGGCGAACAAGGUGUGCAGAGGAGGAAAACAGGAAGGCAGUAGUGAAAGGUUGUUUACCCCCAAGAUUAAUGAUUUUGUUAUUGAGUAGCCUGUACCGUGAUGGGGUAAAAGACAAAGAAGACAAAGAUAGCUGGGUAUGAGAUGAUGUAAUGAGAUGGUAUACAUGAAAGAAUGUAACUGUGAGAGGUGCAGAUGCCAUUAGAGAAGAUGUAGAGUGCUUAAUAUACACUUGCUGUACUUAGUAACAUCUGGUGUCCCGUGUGCUCUGUGGGGAGGAGACUAGCUGGA